AUGUCGAACCAACAAGUCUCACCACCGGACACACAACUUGGCAACGAAAAUGUCGUCUGCAAACAUCAUGCCAAUGUCUCCAUCGCAAUUGUCGGCGUCGGCCAGAUCGGCGCCGCAGCUGCGUACGCACUGAUCCUUGGCUCCGUCGCGGGUGAGCUGCUCCUCGUUGACGUCAAAGUGGACCUGCGGGAAGGCCAGGUCCGCGAUCUCGCCGAUGUGACCUACAACCGCAACAGCCGCACGCGCGUGCGAGCGGCCACGCACAGUGAAGCUGGCCAGUGCGACAUUGUGGUCAUCAAAGUGGGGUCGAAGCAUCCCGUCGGUAAGGGAGACAUCACAUCUGUUUCUGCCGUCCCAAAGGCUCAAGCUGAUGUGAACGCGCAGGCUAUUGCGGUGGCCGCCCGUGAUGCUGCCUGGAGCGCAGAGUUUCUGGCCGGUCCCCUGAAGGCCACGCUGCAAAUGUUCCAGAUCCGCCGCGCGAUGAAGACACCUGUGUUGUUACCAGACGGUACAAGAGUGGUAGCUGGCGCCGACCUCCCGCCACAUAAAAUCACCACUGUCGUUGUUCGGCACCGCAACCGUUAG